AUGAAAAUUGUUAUUAUCGGCGCCGGUAUUGCCGGAUGCAUGAUGUACCUGGAACUACAAAAGCAUCUCCCCAAGCCUUCUGGCUCUCAGGCAAGCCAUGAGAUUACAAUCUACGAAGCAUACAGCACCGACUUGGAUGUUACGCCAGAGCAACGCCAAAGGAAUGAAGACACCCACUCCUCAACACUCGUCGUCGGUGGUGGCCUCGGUAUCGGUGCAAAUGGUCUGAACGUCCUAAGGCGUCUGGAUGAAGAUCUGCUCAAAGAGAUUGUCCGCAACGGAUAUGUCACGGCCACUUCUAACUUGAAAAGCAAAAACGGUUGGCUUCUUAUGUCUAUGAAGACUACUGGCCCGAGUGCCUCUAGGAGUAAAGAUCUGGCUGAGAAUAUGCAUACGGUCGCGAGCAGCCGUCAUUCGCUGUGGAAAGCAUUGCGUUCUCGAGUUCCAGAGGAACACAUCGUGAACAAGCGCAUUUUGGAGGUUAUUGCUCGCCCAGAUGGGAAGAAUACUGCUCGGUUGGAUGAUGGAAGUCCUGAAAUUGAGGCGGACUUGGUGAUCGGUGCGGAUGGGGUACGAAGUACUGCCAAGAGAGCACUUUUCCCUGAUUCGAAAGAAGAUCCUUAUCCACCUCGCUAUGAGGGCCUUGUCGGUGUCGGUGGAUUUAUCCCAGCAGCAGACGUCAAAGGCCUCGUUGAGAAAGGAUCCAUGAAUUUCAUCUUUGGAGGAAAUGGCUUCUUCGGCUAUUUCUUCUCAGAAAGUGCAUCCAAUGCGGAACACCGCGAUUCUCCAUACCAUGUGUCUGAACCAGGGGACUCCCUUGCCUGGUGGUCUACAUAUCAGAUCUCAGAAUACCUCAACCGAAAGUCCCUCGACAUGGUAGACGUUUCCCGUCAACUGCGAGAGAGACAUUCGGACUGGAAAGAUCCAGUCGUUCAGAAGAUUGUUCGGUCUCUUUCUGUUCAAAGCAUGUACCCAACAUGGACAUCGCCUCCUCUUCCGACCUGGGAACGAGAUGGCGUGGUACUUGUCGGAGAUGCUGCACAUGCACUUCCUCCAACAUCGGGUCAGGGAUCGUCUCAGGUGCUGGAAGAUGUUGAGGCUUUUGCGCUUUUAAUGGCUCACCAUCUCCGCAAGGAUUCUGGGCAAGAGGAAAUGACAGAAUUGGAGCUCAAAUGUGCCAUUACAGCGGCGGCGAAACAAUAUACAACUCUGCGGCAGCCACGGGUGACAGCAAUCCUCAAGAAUGCCCAGCAAAUGCAGGAAAGAAAGCGUGAUAUGGGGCUUAUGCAAGAGUAUAUUAUUCUGAUGACUGGUCAGCUGCGCAAAGUCAUUGACUAUAACAUCGCUGAUCAAGUAGCUCAAGUUAUAGCUUCUGAGAAUUGA